CCCCUCCCUCGGCCUCCGGGCUCCGGCUGCAGCGUCAGCCUCGGUCGGGCGGCGGCGGCAGCGGCUGCCCUUCGGCUUAGCCCCGGCGCCCCUCCGUCCCGGUCCGCGGCGCCGCCUGGCUCGCCGACCCGGCGCCGGCUAGGCCGCGAUCGCAGCCCCGGGCUCACUUCGCCGCUGCCCGCUCCCGGCCCGCCCCCUAUGGGCCCCGGCUAGAGGCGCCGCCGCCGCCGGCCCGCGGAGCCCCGAUGCUGGCCCGGAGGAAGCCGGUGCUGCCGGCGCUCACCAUCAACCCCGCCAUCGCCGAGGGCCCGUCCCCCACCAGCGACGGCGCUUCCGAAGCAAACUUGGUGGACCUCCAGAAGAAGCUAGAGGAGCUAGAGCUUGACGAACAGCAGAAGAAGCGACUGGAAGCCUUCCUCACCCAGAAGGCCAAGGUCGGAGAGCUCAAGGAUGAUGACUUUGAAAGGAUCUCGGAGCUGGGAGCCGGGAAUGGCGGAGUGGUCACCAAGGUCCAGCACAGACCUUCGGGCCUUAUCAUGGCAAGAAAGCUGAUCCACUUGGAGAUCAAGCCGGCCAUACGGAACCAGAUCAUCCGAGAGCUGCAGGUGCUGCACGAGUGCAACUCUCCGUACAUAGUGGGCUUCUAUGGGGCCUUCUACAGUGACGGCGAGAUCAGCAUCUGCAUGGAGCACAUGGAUGGAGGUUCUCUGGACCAAGUGUUGAAAGAAGCCAAGAGAAUUCCCGAAGAGAUUUUGGGCAAAGUCAGCAUUGCGGUCCUCCGAGGCUUGGCCUACCUCCGAGAAAAGCACCAGAUCAUGCACCGAGACGUGAAGCCGUCCAACAUCCUCGUCAACUCCAGAGGGGAGAUCAAGCUCUGCGAUUUCGGGGUCAGUGGGCAGCUCAUUGACUCCAUGGCCAACUCCUUCGUGGGAACUCGGUCCUACAUGUCGCCGGAGCGGUUGCAAGGCACCCACUACUCAGUGCAGUCCGACAUCUGGAGCAUGGGCCUGUCCCUGGUGGAGCUGUCCAUCGGAAGGUACCCCAUCCCCCCACCGGACGCCAAGGAGCUGGAGGCCAUAUUUGGCCGGCCCGUGGUGGAUGGGGUGGAAGGAGAGCCUCACAGUGUCUCGCCGCGGCCGAGGCCCCCUGGACGCCCCAUCAGCGGUCACGGCAUGGACAGCCGGCCGGCUAUGGCUAUCUUCGAGCUGCUGGACUAUAUUGUGAAUGAGCCUCCUCCCAAGCUGCCCAAUGGCGUUUUCACCCAGGACUUCCAGGAGUUUGUAAAUAAAUGCCUAAUUAAGAACCCAGCAGAGCGAGCGGAUCUGAAGAUGCUCAUGAACCACACCUUCAUCAAACGGUCUGAGGUGGAAGAGGUGGAUUUCGCUGGCUGGUUGUGUAAAACCCUGCGGUUGAACCAGCCCAGCACACCCACGCGCAUCGCCGUGUGACGGGUGACCUGUCCGCCACCUGUCUGCCGCCCUCCCAGCCCAGGACAGGCAGCUCCGCCUCCCCUCCGCCGCACCCUCGCCGACGCCAUGCACAUGUCGGACACUUAACCUCCUCCUACCUGUCGCAGCCUGUGUGACCCUCUGGUCCCUGGGAGAGGGGAUGCUGCUCAUAUUGUCUCCUCAGAACCUGCUUACUUAGGUUUUAAAAAAUCAAAACAGGGAGAAAAAAAGCAAACCUUGAUCAUGUAGCGUCUUUGUUCCUUUGUCGCCUGUUAAUGUCCAGGGUCCAAUUCACCCCAGGGUGGGAAUGUGUCGCCCAGGCAGCCCAGACCUGGGGUCACACUUGUGCUUGCAGAAAUGGCGGGCUGUUGGGGGGCGGGGGUCAGGAACCUGCUUUGCUCUUUUUUCACAGGAGGAAGCCCUUGGAGGGAACCCAUAGACGUUGGUGUUUUUCCCCAAGAGAGGUAGGUGCUGCCUGAUGUUUGUCUCCAUGGAGGGAGGCCUCAUGGGACCGUGGCCCUCCACGAAACACGUGACACUGUUAGGUUUGGGGUCCCCUGACACAUGGGGGGUUCAGGCAGAAGAUUUUCUCCGCAUAGCCCCCUCCCCCACUCGCCACUUCUGCUCCUGUCAGAUCCCCUCAACAGAACAUGACCAGCCCCCUCGCAGGGACUUUUUCGUACCCUCCUGUGCUCAGGGAGCAGAGACUUCUGAUUCUUGGACGCAGCUGAGCCAAUACUCAGCUCUGCAGAAAGGAAGUGUUGGGUUUCCAAGCAGUCAGUGUGGUUGAAAACC